AGCCCCAAACAAUAGCUGCUGAAAAACUUCACCCAGCAGGCCUGUCACUAUUGCUCCUUGCUUACAGGCUCUCACAGGCCGGUCGCUGUGUUUAUUUCUUUUCAGCUAAAGAAUUCUAACUUCUCCCAGCAUGGACUUAAACAAAAUUAAGGAUUUGAAAAUCACCCCAGAGGAACGUAUAACCGUCAACUAUGUGAAGGGAAUUCUUCAACCCACACCCACCUGUGAAUCUUGGGAUCAGAUCUGGAACUUCCAAGCCAAGCCUGAUGAUUUGCUCAUUUCUACCUACCCUAAAGCAGGAACAACAUGGACUCAGGAGAUUGUGGACUUAAUACAAAAUAAUGGAGAUAUUGAGAAAAGCAAACGAGCACCUACUUUCGUACGAAUGCCUUUCAUCGAGUGGAUACUUCCAGGCGUAGGAUCUGGUUUGGAAAGGGCUAAUGAAUUGCCCUCACCACGGACUCUCAAAACUCAUCUCCCCAUUGAGCUGACACCUCCAUCCUUCCUAGAGAAAAACUGUAAGAUAAUCUACGUAGCAAGAAACCCCAAGGACAAUAUGGUGUCUUACUACCAUUUCCAUAGAAUGAAUAAAGGACUUCCUGAUCCAGGAACCUGGGAUGAGUAUUUUGAAAGUUUUCUGGCUGGGAAAGUGUGCUGGGGUUCGUGGUACAACCAUGUGAAAGGAUGGUGGAACGUCAAAGACCAAUAUCAAAUUCUCUAUCUCUUCUAUGAAGAUAUGAAGCAGAACCCUAAGCAAGAAAUUCAGAAGAUGGCAAAAUUUAUUGGAAAAGACCUAGACGAUAAAGUUCUAGAGAAAAUUGUCCAUCACACUUCAUUUGAUAUCAUGAAGAAUAAUCCAAUGGCAAACUACUCAAUGGUCUCCAGCGAACUCAUGAACCACUCCAUUUCUCCAUUCAUGAGAAAAGGAACAGUGGGAGAUUGGAAGAACCACUUCACUGUAGCUCAAAAUGAAAGAUUUGAUGAAGACUACAAGAAAAACAUGGCUAAUACUACUCUAACUUUCAACUUCCAGGUCUAGUAAAGAAGGAAAAAGGAGUAGACAUAUAUUUGAUAGUUUAUUACUCAAGCUAAAUGAGAUUGUAUUCAGAGUCACUCACUAGUUGUUGGUUGUUUUUUGUUUUUUAUGUUUUCUUUUUCUCCCUCUACUGGGGGAAAAAAAGGCAAGAAAGAUAACAGCGGCUGGAAGCAAAGUGGAAAAUGGUAAAGGGGACAGCAGUGGUAACAGAGGGGGAAAGAACUUCAAUAUAUUAGUAGUAACAAUUGUGAUUUGAUUGCUAAUUAUCACUAUAUUUACAUUCUACAAAUCAUAUGCUUGUUAACCUAUUUUUUUAAUGCUUAAGUUCUAACACAAAAUACACUAAAGUUUUCAAGUUAGGUGUUGGGGCAAACUAAUUUAAAUAUAGCACUAAAAUGUUUAAGUAGUGACUAUGCCUUAUAGCACAGUCAUGGCACCCACGUAACCGUCAAGAGACUCAGUUUCCCCAACCAGCAACCCAAUUCAUUUCAGCCACCUUUGUAUAAUAUGUGUCCCCACCUCUCAUCGCAACCUAGAUAAGUAGACUCAUUCUCCCACCUCAAGACAGUUUACCUCCACAACAUAUAUUAUUUCCACCCAACAAUAGUUAACCUUUAUUUAAAAAUAGAUUUAUAGGCAUAUACUUUCGAUGUCAUACAAAAGUUCGAUCAUAUUAAGAAUUGUGCAAUCAUCACCAUAAUCAAUUUCAGACAGAACAUUUGUUUUCUUUCUCAUAUUUGUUGUU